AGCUUCUCCCCUUGAGCAGCUCAGAAGUCGGAGUUUCUAAAUAAAGAAAACAAAUCGAAAAUAUGUUUAGAGAAACAAACACUGUCUAGUUUUCAUGGCUAUCAGAAACCAGAUAAUUCUGCUGGCCAUCACUUUAAAAUUAUACUAAUUUUUCUAUUCAUCAUCAACGUCAUCUUCAACAAACCCAUUCUGAGAAAACCCAGAAAAAAAAAUAAAGGAGAGAAUGAGUAAAAUCAGCAGGAAAUUUGUUAGAAUAGAAAUGAAAUGGAGAUUAGUAUUGAAAAGGGUAUCAAUAUUUCGGCAAUUCUUUAGAUUUCUAUGUGAUAGAGUUUUGAUUUGUUCAUCAUCUUUAAGUGGUGGUGGUUGUGGUAGUAGUAGCAGUAAAUCACAUAGAUUCCGAAGAUUAAAUCGUUCUGUUUCUUCUCCUUUCCCUGUUCCUUCUUCUGUAGCAGUCUCUGAAAAUGGCUCAUCAUCUGUACCUACUCAUCUUCAUCAUCAUGACCCUCUUACACCAACAGCUACAUGUAUGACUCACGAUUACGAGAUUGAUUCUGACUUGGUUGCUUUGAAAAUUAGUCUUCUUGGUGAUUGUCAAAUUGGUAAAACCAGUUUUGUGAUUAAAAGUGUAGGGAGUGAUGAAGAGAAAAGAUGCUUAAAUAUGUCAGGACUAAAUUUAGUUGAUAAAAUUUUCUCUGUCAAAGGUGCCCGGAUUGCUUUCAGUAUUUGGGAUGUAGGAGGUGAUUAUGAAUCCAAAAGUCAUGUCCCAAUAGCUUGUAAAGAUGCAGUGGCGAUAUUAAUUAUGUUUGAUCUUACUAGUCGUUCUACUUUAAACAGUGUUAUUGGAUGGUACCAACAAGCAAGAAAAUAUAACCAGAGUGCUAUUCCUGUACUGAUUGGAACCAAGUUUGACGAUUUUGUUCAACUUCCGCUAGCAAUGCAAUGGACAAUUGUUAGCCAGGCGAGAACAUAUGCACAAGUUAUGCAGGCGACAUUAUUCUUUUCGAGUUCGACACACAACAUAAACAUAAACAAGGUCUUCAAAUUCAUAACAGCCAAACUCUUUAACUUGCCAUGGACAGUAGAGCGGAAUUUAAACGUUGGAGAACCCAUCAUCGACUUUUAAAUCACGUCCAAGGUUCCACGGUACAAAAUGCGGUGGCCGGUUCAGUUUUGUAAAUAACACGGCCACACUACCUUAACAGGACAGGACUGAUUGUUCGGUUGUUCAGUUUUUCUUGCUAGUUUAUUUUGCCUCUUUUUUCCCUUCUUCUAAUUUGGAUGGAAGAGACAGAGAGAGACGGUAGUAGAACUCGAAAGUCUCCAUGUCUUAGAAAUUCAAAUACUGUGAAAUUCUUUAACAAAAACGAAAAGAAAAAACAGAACAACAGAAAAAAAGAAAAGAGAGAAAAAAGAAAGAAGAAAAUGUAGCAUACAUACAUUUUCAACCGAAGGAAAAGUGAGCAUUUCUGUUUUAUUAUGCUCUUUGGUCUUUGCUUUCUUUGUCGAAUAUUCAAUGAAUUUCAGUCUUCAAUUAUUGAGUGGACGCCGCUUUUGACGUUUCUUGUUUGGCUUGUUGGUUUGGGUGCUCAAAUAGGAGUUUUAUUGUAGUUUGUACUCCUAGCACUCACUCGUGCACACUGACUUUAUUUCACGAUUUGUACGUACAUCCAGUAAUGUUUACAUAAAGAUAUAAUCACUAAUCAGGGUUUAAAUUC